CAGCAAUAAAGUUUUGUUUUGAAUGCCGAAGCUUUUAAUACUAGUGUGAAACAUGGCGGCCGACCAGACCGGCAACGUAGUUCCUCCUUCCCUGUCAGCCAAAGUGGUUGGGUCAUUUGCUUAUUUGACGGUGAGAGAUCGACUGCCUACAAUCCUCACUAAAGUUGUCGAUACAAUCCAUCGUAAUAAAAACAAGUUUUUUGAAGAAUAUGGAGAGGAGGGGAUCCAAGCAGAGAAGCAAACCAUCUCCCUGCUGUCCAAGCUGAGAAAUGAGCUGCAAACAGACAAACCCAUCCUUGCCUUGAACGACGGCCUGGCCGAUGCGGACUCUUGGAACCAGUACCUGCUGAGGCAACAGGAGCUGCAGGGUGACCAGGAGGCGGUCAGCUGGUUCAAGUCUCCAUGGCUGUUUGUGGAGUGUUACAUGUACCGCAAAAUACAGGAGGCCCUCUGGCUCAACCCACCCAUCAGUGAUUACGACGUCUUCAGUGAGAGUAAGACUCAGAGCUUCUUUGAGUCUCAGCAGGCGAUGAUGACCUUAUGCACAUACCUUGAGGGCAUCAACAAGAACUUGGGCGAUAUUUCUGAACAUCACCUACAGGACCUUUUCAACAAACUGCUACAGGUUUCUCUGUGGGGAAACAAAUGUGAUCUGUCCAUUUCUGCUGGGAUGGAGAAUUCACAGAAGUCCAGUCCCAUCGACUCUCUCGUCAGCCUGCAGCCGUUCAUCUUAGUGGACCAUUCAGCUGCUGUGUGGUCUACCCUAAUUUCUGCCCGGCGACAAAGACAGUCAGGGAAAGCGGGCUCCAACCAAGUGGACAUUGUUUUAGACAAUGCUGGCUUUGAGUUAGUAACUGACUUGGUCCUCGCUGAUUUCCUGGUGUCCUCUGGUCUGGCCCGCGAGGUCCGCUUCCUUGGAAAAUCCUUUCCGUGGUUUGUCUCUGAUGUGACCGCCAAUGAUUUUCAUUGGACCAUCCGGCAGAUUACGGCAGCCAAUCACAAGUGGAUGUCUCAGGUAGGAGUGCGGUGGCAAAGCUACAUGAAGGAAGGAGUGUGGUCCUAUCACGACCAUCCCUUCUGGACACAACCACAUGAGUUUUGUGACAUGGCAACCGACGCUCCGGACCUGUACGCCACUCUGCAGGAGGCCAACUUGGUGCUGUUUAAAGGCGAUCUCAACUACAGGAAGCUGGCAGGUGAUCGAGACUGGGACCAUACGGUGUGCUUUGAAGCAGCAUUGAGAGGCUUUGAGCCGUCGCCCCUGUGCAGCCUCAGGACCCUAAAGGCUAAUAUUCAAGUGGGUCUGCAGCCAGGCCAGGGGAGCAAGCUCAGUUUCCAGGAUCCAGACUGGAUGACCAGUGGCAAAUACGCAGUUAUUCAGUUCUACAGCCCCAAUUCAGAACUGUAAGACUGUUCUUUGUAUCAGCCAUUAUCUUGAAGCCAUUGAACCAUGUUUGUGUUUCUCUCAGAGGGCACUUGAAUAUCACUUUUGGAUUCCUCUUUUUUAAACAUCUUGUGAUUAAGUUGAACGUUUGGAUCAAGACAACUGGAGCAAGGCAAAGUCCAGAGUUACCUCGAUUUAACCUUUGUGGAUUAUUAAGACCUGGAUUACUAAGAGGGUUCUGCGUUAUGUUGGAGAAUUUCAAUAUCUAGCACCGGAAAUAAGCUUACAAUCACUUAGUUUUCACCAUCAAACUUUUUUUGGCAUGCAAGCUAUUUACAGGUUAAAGUGCCAAGGCUAAGGUUCAACAAGUUGGACUCAGUAAAUCUUCACAAUUGAUCUCAAACCUUUGGGGAAAUUGUUUACUAGGAACAAGGCGACAAAACAAAUGGAAACUCACAGCACAGCACUUGAUGAAGGCUUCCCAAAUAAGACAAAUAAUUGUACGUCCCAUUCCCAACACAGCACAAAAAGCCGGUCUACUAAAUGUCCUCCAACCCAGAACCAAAUUAAAAAAGGAAAAAACUAUCACAUGGUUGAAAAGAAAAAUUUGACUUUAUAUCAUAACCUGUGAAAGCCAUUCUGUAUAAUCUUAAACAAGUAUUUUCAUUCCUUAAAAAACUGACUUAUUGUUUGGGUUGUUAUGAAAAGCUCACUUAGCUCUUAGAAUCAAGAUAGUUUUCAGUGCAGCAUGCCUCAAAUGUAUUUUCUUUUGCUAAAUCCUUGUGGUAUGUUGACAGGUGAAAGAGAUAACGAACUUCCACUACCUUGUUUUGCCUUCAGCCAAGCAUGGGGACAGUGUCAUGUACUUAAACCACAUAAACUUGAUGCAAUAAAGACAACAGUGUAUGUGUGCUCCA